AUGAAAUUGAAAAUUGCUGGUAUAUUACAUGUACUAUACCGCGAUCUGCAGUGUUACAUUGUAUUAUACUGUAUCAAAAUGGCCACAGUCAUUCAAAACCCUCUGAAAUCACAGUCCAGUGGGACGGUGAUGAAAAACAGCCUGGGGGAGGAGUUUUACCGCGAGGCCAUCGAGCACUGCCGCAGCUACAACGCCCGCCUGUGUGCUGAGCGCAGCAUGAGACUGCCCUUCCUGGACUCCCAGACCGGCGUGGCUCAGAACAACUGCUACAUCUGGAUGGAGAAGACCCACCGGGGGCCAGGGUUAGCCCCGGGACAGAUCUACACCUACCCUGCCCGCUGUUGGCGCAAGAAGAGACGGCUCAACAUUCUGGAGGACCCCCGACUGAGACCUUGUGAGUUUACAAUAGACUGCGACGCAGUUCUGAAGAAGGAGAGCAGUCUGCCCGAGGGGCCUGUGCUGGAGUCCCUGCUCAGCGCCGAGACCCUGGACAAGAAGGUGGAGACCAAGGAGGAGGAGAGCAUGAGCGAGUGCCAGAAGUUGCUGGUGGGCGACUUUCCUCAUGAGCUGGAAAUGGAGGAGCUCGAGGAUGACGUCCCCAAGCGCAAGAACAAGACCAAAGGCAGGGCCUGUGGAAUUGGAGGCAUGAGGAAGAGGCAGGAGCCAGCCUCCCUGGAGGACAGAGACAAGCCUUACGUCUGUGACAUCUGUGGGAAGCGCUAUAAGAACCGCCCGGGGCUGAGCUACCACUACACCCACACCCACCUGGCAGACGAGGAGGGGGAGGAAGACUCGGAGCGGCACACGCUGCCCUUCCACCGGAAAAACAACCACAAGCGUGAGUAA